AUGAUUCAAAAUCGAUAUAAGAAACUGAAAGACAACUCUGCUUCAUUCUGUUCAGAAAAUGGCGCUAUAAUUAAUAUGGAAAAAUCAAAAGCAGUGUUCGGAAGAGUUGAAAAUUUUCCUCUUGGAAUAAGGCUAAUGAUGCGAACUGCCAAGCAUCUAAGACGAAUGAAUUCCAUGUCUGACAACCUGAUUGACCAAAAGUCUACUGAGAUUUGCAAUGAAAGCGUAGAUGAAAAAGAAAACAAAGACGAAUGUGUCAAUAACUCAAACAAUGGCAAUGAAGAUAAUAUUCCUGAUGAGCCAGUCUGA